CCCGUCGUCAUUCUUUCCCUUCUGCAACGAUCCAUUAACGACACACGCACGCAGCUGCCAUUUCGGCUAUUUGUUCCUUUUCUUAUCCUAAAACUGCUCUAAGGCUCGCACAGCACGUCUGUUCAUUAGAGCCUCUUGUUAUGAAUGAGCAAGCUCUCGCUAACUAAACGUUCAAGCAAUCCCAUCAGCUUGUUUGAAGUUCGACUGUUUCAUGCUGAAGCAAACGUAAUUGUUUUGUAUGGCGAGUCAGUUGACACCCCGGUUGCCUUGACGGGCGUGGUUGUGUUAUCUGUUCGCGAGUCUUUCGAAGCUAGAAGUCUUGUGCUUCGGCUUGAUGGCCGCUCUUUUGUUUCUUGGAACGAAGAAACCCGACCCGGCAAUUCACGUACUCGUCGACAAUCCAAACAGCUGCUCGAGAAGCGCUGGUCCUUUUUGCCGUUUGGAGAUGGCGUAAAGACAAUUGGCAAGGGUAACUACGAGUAUCCCUUCGAAUACACACUUCCCCCCGACUUGCAGGAGUCUAUCGAAGGCAUUUCCAAUUGCUACAUCGUCUAUUCGUUGACGGCAUCUUUAGAACGGGCAGCAUACAACACGGCCAACAUUGAGACGCGUCUUCCCUUUCGCAUUGUGCGUACCAUUCCACCCAACAACCUUGAUCUUCUUCACACCGUCAGCGUCAGUGACAUAUGGCCGUCCAAAGUGAACUAUGAGACAAGCAUUCCUUCCAAAAUUUGGGCUGUCGGCUCCGAGAUUCCUGUUAGCGUCAUCCUUUAUCCUUUAUUGAAGGGCUUGGAUGUAGGAAAAAUUACAGUUACUUUGAAAGAGUAUCGCUCGUUGUUCAUGUCGCCUACCGCUUACUCGGGCCCCGCUCGCAAAGACUCCAAGCGUGUUCUCGCACGCUGCACACGGCCCAGCGUCCAGCUUGUUGAUGAAUGUUGGAAAGACGUUGUGUAUGUCAAAGUCCCUGAUUCCCUGACAGAUUGCACACAGGACUGUGAUUUAAAUUGUAUACGUGUGCGCCACAAGCUACGCAUUGCCAUUUCCCUUGUCAACCCAGACGGCCACGUCUCAGAGCUACGCACUUCGCUCCCCAUAACGCUCGUGAUAUCGCCCGUUCUGUUCGGCGUGACUCCUGUAGAAGGUGUCUUCACCGGCAACGUUCAAGAGUACGUAACAGAAAAUACCCUCCCGAGCUAUGAACGUCACAUCUUUGAUGUGCUCUGGGACGGUAUUCCCUUCCCAUGCACUCCGCUUCCCAGUACUUUUACCACCCCUGCGACCAGUCGGAGGAAUUCAUUUGAGACAGAGCGGCCUAAUCUAGCCGCUCUUACAAGCUCCAUGUCACCAAACACUCCAAUAUUUGGUGGUUUUUCCUCAGAUAAGGUGCCGUCUUCCCCACGACCCGGUGUUAGUGAGAACGCCCAUGUCAGUGAGCAUUCUCCCCGUCUCCCUCCCGAUUGGUCCUCUUCUGAAGCAGGUUCAGCAUCGCAAACGACUAACAUUAAUUACUUGCUUUCCAAGCACACUUCACGGUCAAGAGCCGGUAGUGUGUCUUCGGUGCUGACUACGAAUUUUCAGCAAAUGCGUAUUGAGAGUGUAGAUCCCUACGCCCAAAGCCCUUACGGAAGUGUUAGUACAAAUGGAGCGGCUUUCAAUCGUCCAUCCUCCUAUAUGGAUUUGCAUGAAUUAACAAAGGUACCCACAUAUGGCGAAGCUGUAAAUUCGAGUUGUUCUAGCGUACUGCCCCUUGACGGUCUUCCCGACUACGAAACAGCAACUCGACCCACGACUCCGGAGCCCGAACAUGCAUCUACGAGCGAUCGGCCCGCCCCUCCAUUACCAACGCCUGCUGUCCCUUCUCUUCCUCUUCCCAUUCCUCCUCAAAACGCUCGGAUUCAUCGCUCUCGCUCAGAAGCUUCUCUUUGGCAUUAGCAUGUCGGUGCAACAAAUUUGUUCGCAACCGAUCAAAGAAACAGUAUGCCUUCACCCUUCAAUUACUUCUUUUUUCUUUUUCUCCUUUUACUUUUCUUCCGUUCUCGAAACACGCACCCGUGUUUGUUCCCCCUUUUUAUGAUCUUCGAAUAGGCAGUUCUGUGAACACCAAUCGGCCUAUUCAACUAACUACUCCUUCUACCCUUCCAAGAUUCGACUUAUGUCGUGUCUAUAAAUACAUACACACAGUCAUGCAUACCGGGCUGUUGUAGUUAUCCGUUGCUGUUUACUCUCCUCCCCGGUGAUGCUCGACAUGCUUUUGAAUGAGUUAUCUCAGACAAGUGGUGUUUAUACAUGUACAACGAUUCGUAAUUUUUUUCUGUAUGCUUUGAUGAAAUGAAAUAUAUAGGUCCUGAUUUUGUUUACAUUCUGCGUGAAAAAAGAGGCAAUGAUGAGAGUUGAGAAACCCAGCAGGACAAGUUCGUG